AUGGAGUCCAUCUAUUCACAUGAUCUUGUUGAUAUGGGUCACGUCGGACGAGUAAUUUAUUGGUCACAUGAAAAUGAACGAAUUGAUGGUACUAUAAAAGGGUAUGACAUAGAACCUGGUGUUGUAAUGCGUCUAACAAAGGAAAAUUGUAAUGAAUUGAACUUCGGGAAUACUAUUUCCAUUGAAGAGAAAAA